UCCUCAGGGUCUGAAGAGUGGGAGCCGAAGGAGAGAGAGCUACUACGGAAGGGCCACAACUUUGAUCCCAUUGAUGUGCUGCAGGAGGCUGUGCAGCUGAAACCUAACCUCAGGAACAUGUCAGACUUUGGGAACUAUUCUAAGCAUCAGUUGCUGACGCCGAGACUGGGGGUGGGGGUUCUGGAGGCCCAUAUGUGUCUCUAUAAGAACUCCCAAUAGGAACUUGCAGCCACGGAAAGCGCCGUCUGAAAUGCGGCUACUUCAGCGCUGAAAGAAGCUGCAUAAAGCCCCCAUAUCACAGCGACUCUGUCUGGUGGGAUUGUUUCGUGGAUGUGGCGGAAUGUAAAAACAGGUGAUCAAGUGUUUGUCAGGGAAUAAGAAUCACGUGAAGGUAGAUUGCUAGGAGCCGUUGUGACCUUGGGACAGUUUGCUGAGGGCGGAACAUAAUUCCUGAAGGGACACAUGGUCUAGAGUGACAAGACCAUCUGCUGUUGCGCCAGCAGUAGGAGGAAGGUGGAGGGGGUUGGACGCAGGGUUACUGAGAAUUCCUUUCGUUGGGGUGUGGAGGGAGUAGAUAUUCUGGGAUGUCACUGCUAGAACUAAGCCAGGAUACAAGUUUCUUUGACGUUUUUCAAGUGGAAAUCCAAGGAAACAUUUUUGCAUCCUUGACGAUAAGACAGGAUUGUUGCAUGCUGGGACUGGGAUCGUAUUUUCUUGGCCCUUGAGGUUCCCACAAAGCAUUUUGCUAUAAUGGUCUUGGUGCGUCGCCGUUUAGCUUCGGAUCUAGUUUCUUCUCAAUCUCAGCAGAGCCGGAGCUGAUAGAGCGGGAUCCGGUAGGCCUUCUGGCACCAGGCUCUCAGAGGAUCAUCUUCAAGGGAUCUUCUUUGGAGUUGUACUGUGCAUGGCAAGGUUCUACUCUCCUCCAGCUCACUGAAGCUGCAUGGCCUAAACGAAUGAAUAUUUUUAUGUUGCGCCUUGCAUCAGAGAUGGGCCAGGACCAAACAAAGCAGCAAAUAGAGAAGGGCCUGAGGUUGUAUCAGUCCAAUCAGACGGACAAAGCCCUGCAUGUUUGGACGAAAGUGCUAGAAAAGACCUCAGAUCCUGGAGGGAAGUUUCGGGUGCUGGGGUGCCUGAUCACAGCUCACUCAGAAAUGGGAAAAUACAAAGAUAUGCUCAAGUAUGCCCUGGAUCAGAUUGACACCGCCAGGGAAAUGGAAGACCCAGACUACCUGACUGAAGGUUACUUGAACUUGGCGCGGAGCAACGAAAAGCUGUGCGACUUCCAGAAGACGGUGUCCUACUGCAAGACCUGCUUGAACAUGCAGGGCACCACUGUGAGCCUGCAGCUCAACGGCCAGGUGUGCCUCAGCAUGGGUAACGCCUACCUGGGCCUCAGCGUCUUCCAGAAAGCCCUGGAGAGCUACGAGAAGGCCCUCCGCUACGCACACAACAACGACGACAAGAUGCUGGAGUGCAGAGUCUGCUGCAGCCUGGGAAACAUCUACGUUCAGCUCAAGGACUAUGAGAAGGCCCUGUUCUUCCCCUGCAAAGCGGCCGAGCUCGUCAACGACUACGGAAAAAGCUGGAGCCUCAAGUACCGAGCCAUGAGCCAGUACCACAUGUCCGUGGCGUACAGGAAACUGGAGCGCCUGCCCGACGCCAUGGAGUGCUGCGAGGAGUCCAUGAAGAUCGCUCUGCAGCACGGUGAUCGUCCCCUGCAGGCCCUGUGCCUCCUAAACUUUGCAGACAUACACCGCUACAGGCGUGACGCUGAUAAAGCAUUCCCCCGGUAUGAGUCUGCGCUGGGUAUUAUGACUGAGAUUGGAAACCGUCUCGGACAAGCACACGUCUACCUGGGAGUUGCAAAGUGUUGGCUUCUGCAGAAAGAGUUCGACAAGGCUCUUGAGUCUCUGCAGCGAGCUCAGGAACUGGCCGACGGGAUGGGAAACAAGCUUUGUACACUAAAGGUUCACUGCCUGAGUGAAGGCAUCUACCAAAACCGAAAGCAGCAGGAGGAGGUCAGAGAGCAGGUGGUGAAGUUCCUGCAGUGCGUAGAGGAGUUGGAGCUGUACUGCGGCAUGUGUGGAGAGUCCAUCGGGGACAGGGACCAAAAGCUGCAGGCGUUACCCUGUUCCCACAUCUUCCACCUCAGGUGUCUGCAGACAAACGGGACAAAAGGUUGUCCUAAGUGUUUCAAGUCGUCCAUGAAGCCCGGAUUUGUGUGAUGACAAGACUGAGUUGGAGCUUUUGGCGAGCAGACGCAGCACGACCCCUCACAGGCACCUGUACGGCAGGAACAGGCGGCCUCGGGAUGUGCUGAAGAUGUUUAAGGGCGCACAGGAUGCCGAACUGAACCCAGUGUCCCGGAGUGCGGCUCUGAUGACUCAGAACAGGGCGUCGGUCUCAUUUAGACGCCGACAGAGGAGACGCUGUACAACUAAAGGCGUCUCCAAAACACUGGCCGUCUGUUGCAGCACUGAAACAAGUUAUGGACCGUCAAAACAACACUGACAUCUUAGUGCACUGGCUAGUUUCAUGAAGUUUAGUAAAAGAACGAUGAGUGAUGUGGCAGUAAUCUUUGUCACACUGCUUAUUGAUCACAUGACUUUUCUACUCUGCAUCCAGUCGCUCUUCAGCAACAGUUGAGCCGGCGCCGCCGCUCACUUUCACACGUUUAUUGCUGUAUCCUUGUACAUAUUAUUCUCAUGUUAAUUUCUUUUGAUUUAUUGGAGAUGUUUUGUAAAACCUAAAAGUAACAAAUAUCUUAACCAUUCAGAAACUAGUAUGUCUUUACAGAACAGGUACAUGCAGCUGUUUUCUUCCUUAUCCAUAGAGGUUAAGGAUCAGGAUCAACACACGUUGUGUUCGUAGGAAUUCCUUUUCUUAACCGAUUUCAUCACAAUAUUGUUGAAUUUAAGAACAAAUAUUGUUGAGAAGGAAACCUAUUAGGAAAGGAUCUUUGACCAAUCAUGCAGUUUAACCUUUUGUUUUGAUUUUUUUUUUUAAAUGUAGUGUUUUUGUAGUUCUUUGUUACACUUUGACAGACUUUGAUUUCACGUUGAAAAAAGCCCAACGUAAACUAUUGUACCCGCAAGUACCUGCAUGUCUUUAUUUAUGAUGCCCAAUAAUGCAACAGAUUUUUGUCAAAUGUGUUUCUUAUGGUAUUUCUUAAUUUCAGUGAGUUUAAUCAUUUAUAUUCCAUAGAAAUAGUUCAAUUUCAGCUAUAUUGUGAUUUGGGGGAGAAAAGUCACGUCAACUAAGCUCAUCUUGGCUCACUCAUUUUUUCCCUUUUAUUUAUAGCAAAAGCUCAUUUUGCUAAAUUUCUUUUUGGAGACCGCUUAUAGUAUGUCCAACUAUGCCGACACUGAGGGCAAAUGAUACGUUUAAAUAGAAAAUACAAUCAUUGUAUUUGUUAUAUAACAAUACUUGCUACUGAGAGAAUAACUGAAACUAAUCUUUCUUUCAAGCUCUCUCAGUCAAAGUCAGGGAGUCCGGGCAAUGUGGUGUCUCUGAAAUGACCCCGUCUCUCCUGUACAUCAGGAGGAAGGAGAGACCAACACGUUUUCUGUUUCUGCACACGCACUUCUAGUUCUCUGACCUCUUCCCUCGGUCGAGGUUUCUUCAUCCAGAAUGAUUCAUUGUGUGUUUACCUGAAUAGACAUUGAUUUUUAUUGACAGUUCUUUUGUGGUUCUGGAGUAUGAACAAAACAAAAAAACAAAAAAAAAAAACAGCAGCUUUAACGGCUGAAACUACCUCUAUUUUUUGCCUCCAAGCUUUUUGGGAAUAAAUGCAGCAACAACAACGUUGGAAGACAUUUUGCUGUGUUACAUUUUGUUUUUCUAGACAUGAUGUUUUCUUUUAAUUAGAAUCUGACUCAAAUGCGUUAUUAAUUCAUGUGUGCAUUUAGUCAGUCACGUGGAAACAUUUCAUUAAGGAAAAUAAAGUGCAACUAAAAGCCCAUUUGUUUUGUGAAGUUGAUUUUAAAAUGGAAAUUAAACGUCACA